AAUUUGCAAAAGUAUACCCUGUAUUGUAUAGAUACCUAAGUAGGUAUGUUUUAAUUUUUUUUAAAACCUUGGUCUGACCUUGUGUUACUGCAUCCAGUAGCUAAAUCUAUGGUGAAAUAAGUGUAAAUCGUGUACAAAUCAGCUAUGAAGAAAAAAUGUUUUUCUUUUAGCUUUAUGGUUAAAAACUGUCAAAACAAUUCUGAUAUAUACAGCAAAUGUGUAAAAUUUUGAAUGAAAGGUCGACGGAGCCUUAAAACUAAAAAGUGAAGUGUAGAAUCACAAUCGGAACAUACAUAUUUUUAUCAUUUUUUAUUUUUUAUAGUAAUCUGCAGUGCUGCGGGCCGGUGGCUAUUGCUCAGUAUAUCGCAACACUCGCCACGCUGCGCACCUGAUAGAAGGAAGGUUCAAUAAUAAUGUCCCAUGAAAGCUCUGAAGAAGAUGACCUUAAAAUCAGACAUGCAACUAAAAAUGACAUGGCAGAAGUGGCCGGAAUGAUCCAAGAACUAGCUAAAUCUAUCAAUGACUCACUAGGGCCGAGAUUAACUGUGCAAGAUUUGGAAACUCAUGGCUUCGGGAUCCAGCCUCCAGCAUUUCACUGUAAAGUAGCAGAGGCCACGUCGGACCGGGCCAUCCUGGGCUAUGCAUUGUACUACCCCACAUAUUCCUCGUGGGAGGGCCGCGCUAUGAUGCUGGAGGACCUGUAUGUGAGACCCUCUGAGAGGUAUAGAGGGAUCAACAAGAAACUCUUUAGUUCUGUUGCUAAGGAAGCCGUAAGGUUAGGGUGUUAUCGCUUAGACUUCCACCUACUUAAGUGGAACCCCACGUGCGUGUACUACGAGCAGAGAGGCGCCGUGAACCUGGCGCAGUCGCUGGACUGGCGCUACUACCGACUGCGGUUCACCCCCGACAUCAUGCAGGACAUUUUCGAAAAAUAGGAAAAACUGUGGGCGUCUAUUAGCUACUAUACCAAAUUAAUUUAGUUAGGUAUCCAAAUGAAUAUACAAAUAUUUUCUCAUUGCAAA